ACGAACAGAAAGGAAAGCAUAAAAACGGUCGCCCAUCGCUUCGCCCCCCCGCCAGUUGCUUUGAGCGCAUUCCUCCUCACUAUGACCGCUUAUAGAACGGUACGGUUCACAUUCUGGUUGGCCAUCGCAUUCCUGGUGCUUGCAGUGCUAGUGCAAGGCCAGGCUCCUCCUCCAGGAAACGGCGGCGCAAAUGGCGGAAACAACACAAAUCAAACAAACACCACCCAACCGAUGCCGCCUUGCGGUACCCGUCCAGGCAGUAUAAUCGUAGAUUCCCCGCGCUCCACUACGGUAGUUGCCGUGGGCGGAACCCUCAACAUUUCCUGGCAUUACAGCGAUUUUGUCGACACCGGCCGCUUCCCAGCUAGGAAGGUUGCGCUCUACUAUCAGCGUGCAGACCAGGCCAUCACUAACAACGGCUGGAAAGCCAUUGAGGAGAACCUUCCGCGUGACACUAGAAACUACACCUGGACUAUUCCAUCGCUCCAGGAUGCUUUUUACCUUAUCCGCUACGUCAUGGACGACCUUGACCCCCAGAGGGUUCCUGCGAACGGAAACUGCGUGCCUGACACUUUCCCUGGUCCGACGAAUAGUCAACAGUUUAAGAUUAUGAACUCGCUCCCUCUUGUAACAACUCCGGACACUAUGGGCCCUAAUAGUGGGGCCUUCAAGUCUGCUUCGGGCAUCUUCACGUUCGUCGCCGUUCUCGUUGCGUCAACGCUAGCGCUGCGUUAGCAAAAUACGAACUUAAAUGUAAUUGUAGUUAUGCAUCCAACUAUCAGUGGCGAUUUGUACUUAGGGAGAUAGUUAAAGCGCUUUUAUGUAUGUAUUCAAUAAUUCAUAAUCAAGAAAGUAGAUGGGGAACGACAAGAUGCUCAGCCUGCUUGGCAAAGAUUUCUCUCUCGUUAAUAACUCGC